AUGGAUGUCAGACAGUUUGGCUCCAGUCCCUUGCUGAGUGCCAGCCAGGAUCUCACACUGGGAAGCCUGGCAUGUUGUCGCACAGUCAAGGCACCCAUCCCGGCCAGGGCUCAGCAGGCGGCUCAUAUCCAAGAACGCAGUGUAUGGAGGAAAGACAAAGCAGGACAAGAUUCUUCUCUCAAAUUUCUCAUCUGCAGGGACCUGAGUGAGAAUCUCCUUCAGGCUGUGCCCCGGAAGGCUUUCCGUGGAGCUACUGAUCUCAAGAACCUGCAGCUGGACAAGAACCACAUCAGCUGCAUUGAGGAAGGGGCCUUCCGUGCUCUUCGUGGAUUGGAGGUUUUGACUUUGAACAACAAUAACAUCAGCACCAUCCCCAUCUCCAGCUUCAACCACAUGCCCAAACUGCGUACCUUCCGCCUCCACUCCAACCAGCUGUUCUGUGACUGCCAUUUGGGCUGGCUUUCCCAAUGGCUGCGCCAGCGCCCCACCAUUGGGCUCUUCACACAGUGUGCUGGUCCUGCUGCACUUCGUGGCCUCAAUGUUGCAGAGAUCCAGAAGAACGAAUUCAGCUGCACAGGUCAGGAUGAUGCUGCCAGGGCCCACAUCUGCAGUUUUUCCUCAGGUUCCUGUCCUGCCAUGUGUACCUGCAGCAAUGGGAUCGUGGACUGUCGCGGCAAGGGGCUGACAGCUAUCCCUGCCAACUUGCCUGAGACCAUGUCUGAAAUACGUCUGGAACUGAAUGGCAUAAAAUCUAUCCCUCCUGGAGCUUUCUCAUCAUAUAAGAAACUACGAAGGAUAGACCUAAGCAACAAUCAGAUCUCUGAGAUUGCACCUGAUGCUUUCCAAGGCCUACGUUCACUCAACUCUCUAGUCUUGUAUGGGAACAAGAUCACAGAGCUGCCCAAAGGGGUAUUCGGUGGCCUGUAUGCACUGCAACUACUGCUCCUGAAUGCUAACAAGAUCAACUGCAUCAGGGCGGAUGCCUUCACUGACCUGCAGAAUCUGUCCCUGCUCUCGCUCUAUGACAACAAGAUCCAGACCCUGGCCAAGGGCACCUUCUCCACUCUGCGUGCCAUUCAGACCCUCCAUCUGGCACAAAACCCAUUUAUCUGCGACUGCAAUCUGAAGUGGCUGGCAGACUUCUUGCGUGCCAAUCCUAUUGAGACAAGUGGAGCUCGCUGUGCCAGCCCUCGCCGCCUGGCCAACAAGCGCAUUGGACAGAUCAAGAGCAAGAAAUUCCGCUGUUCCCCCAAGGAGCAAUAUUUCAUUCCAGGUACAGAGGAUUAUCAGUUGAACAGUGAAUGCCAUAGCGAUGUGGUCUGCCCACCCAAGUGCCGCUGCGAAGCCAAUGUGGUGGAAUGUUCCAACCUGAAGCUGACAAAGAUCCCAGAGCGCCUUCCGCAGGCCACCACUGAACUGCGCCUGAACAAUAAUGAGAUUACCGUACUGGAGGCCACCGGCAUCUUCAAGAAGCUUUCACACUUAAAGAAAAUAAACCUGAGCAACAACAAGGUGUCAGAGAUCGAAGAUGGGGCCUUUGAGGGGGCAGCCUCAGUCAGUGAGUUACACCUGACAGCUAACCAACUGGAAUCCGUCCGCAGUGCCAUGUUCCGGGGCCUUGAGGGGCUACGGACACUGAUGCUGAGGAACAACCGCAUCAACUGCGUCCACAAUGACAGUUUCACUGGGCUGCGCAAUGUACGCCUUCUCUCCCUUUAUGACAAUCAGAUCAGCACUAUUUCACCUGGUGCUUUUGACACACUGCAAUCACUCUCUACUCUGAACCUGUUGGCUAACCCUUUCAACUGCAAUUGCCAUCUGGCCUGGCUGGGAGACUGGCUUCGCAAGAGGAAGAUUGUGACUGGGAAUCCACGUUGUCAUAAUCCAGACUUCCUGCGCCAAAUCCCACUGCAGGAUGUGGCCUUCCCAGACUUCAGGUGUGAGGAAGGUCAGGAGGAGACAAGCUGUUUCCCACGCCCUCAGUGUCCGCAGGAGUGCACUUGCUUAGACACUGUGGUCCGCUGUAGCAACAAGCACCUGAAAUCCCUGCCCAGAGGGAUACCCAAGAAUGUCACAGAGCUCUACUUGGAUGGUAACCAAUUCACCCUGGUUCCUGGACUGCUUUCCACUUUCCGUUACUUGCAGCUGGUGGAUCUGAGCAACAACAAGAUCAGCUCUCUAAGCAAUUCGUCCUUCACCAAUAUGAGCCAGCUCACCACCUUGAUCCUCAGCUACAAUGCGCUGCAGUGUAUUCCUCCACUUGCCUUUGAGGGUCUCCGCUCACUACGGCUGCUUUCCCUCCAUGGAAAUGAGGUUGCUACACUCCCUGAGGGGAUCUUUGCUGAUGUUACCUCCUUAUCUCACUUGGCAAUUGGUGCCAAUCCCCUGUACUGUGAUUGCCACAUGCGCUGGCUUUCAGGUUGGGUUAAAACUGGCUACAAAGAACCCGGCAUUGCCCGUUGUACUGGCCCUCCUGAGAUGGAGGGCAAAUUACUGCUCACCACACCAGCCAAGAAGUUUGAGUGCCAAGGGCCUCCCCCUUUGACUAUCCAGGCCAAGUGUAAUCCCUGCCUCUCUAACCCCUGUCAAAAUAGGGGCACAUGUCACCAAGAUCCCGUGGAUUCGUACCAUUGUACUUGCUCCACCAGUUACAAGGGCAGAAAUUGUGAAUUCUCUAUUGAUGGUUGCUCCAGUAGGCCUUGUGAGAAUGGUGGAACUUGCCUAUCACUUGAAGGGGACAGAGCCACCUUUAUGUGUUCCUGUGCAGAUGGAUUUGAAGGUCCAACUUGUAGUUUGAAGUCCAACAAUUGCAACAACAACAGCAACUGCAGGAAUGGUGGCACCUGUGUUAAUGGCUCCACCAAUUAUACCUGCUUAUGCCUUCCCUUUUACACAGGGCCUUAUUGCGAGGAGCUUGUGGAUGUCUGUUCCCCAGAGCUCAGCCCUUGCCAGCAUGAGGCCAUAUGCAGGACCACCCCGGAUGGACCCAAAUGUGAAUGCAUGCCUGGCUAUGCAGGGGAUAACUGCAGUGUGGAUUAUGAUAACUGCUUGGACCACAAGUGUCAGAACAACGGCCAGUGCUUUGAUGAGCCUAAUGGGUAUUCCUGCCUUUGUAUUGGAGGCUACAGUGGCCAGCUCUGUGAGAUACCACCCCAUGGUCCUCUCCAACCCAGCCCUUGCGAGAGGGCAGAAUGCCAGAAUGGUGCCAACUGUGUGGAGCUUGGCAGUCGUGCCUUAUGUCAAUGCCUUCCUGGCUUCGGAGGGCCCAAAUGUGAGAAGCUGCUGAGUGUCAAUUUUGUGGAUCGGGAUACAUACCUCCAGUUCACUGAUCUGCAAAACUGGCCCAGUGCCAACAUCACCUUGCAAGUCUCCACAGCUGAAGACAAUGGGAUCCUCUUGUAUAAUGGGGACACAGACCACAUGGCUGUGGAACUAUAUCAAGGCCAUGUGCGUGUCAGCUAUGAUCCAGGGUCCUACCCCAGCUCAGCCAUUUACAGUGCAGAGACCAUCAAUGAUGGACAGUUCCAUACAGUGGAACUGGUGACGUUUGAGCGGAUGGUAAACCUCUCUAUUGAUGGCGGUGACCCCAUGACCAUGGAUGGCUUUGGCAAGGCCCACACACUGAAUUCUGAAGCUCCACUCUAUGUGGGAGGGAUGCCUGUGGAUGUGAACUCCGCUGCUUUCCGCCUGUGGCAGAUCUUGAAUGGCUCCAGCUUCCAUGGCUGCAUUCGUAACCUGUAUAUCAACAAUGAACUGCAGGACUUUACUAAGACCCAGAUGAAGCCUGGUGUGGUGCCUGGCUGUGAGCCCUGCCGCAAGCUCUACUGUCUACAUGGCAUUUGCCAACCCAACACUGCUCAUGGUCCCAUUUGCCACUGUGAUCCAGGCUGGGUUGGGCCCCAUUGUGACCAGCCCAUCAGCAACCCUUGCCAGGGGCAUAAGUGCGUACAUGGAAUCUGUGUACCCCUUGAUGCACUCUCCUACAGUUGCCAGUGCCAGGAUGGCUAUAAAGGGGCCUUGUGCAACCAGCAGGGAGAACUCCAUAACCCGUGCAAAAGCUUGCAGUGUGUUCAUGGGCAGUGCCAGAUCUCAGAUACAGGCGAGGCUUACUGUGAAUGCAACGGGGGAUUCGAUGGGGACCUCUGUGAUCAAGAGUCGGAGUGUCGGGGUGAGGCUGUACGGGAUUUCUACCAGGUCCAACGUGGAUAUGCCAUCUGCCAAACAACACGGCCUGCUUCCUGGGUGGAGUGCCGGGGAUCAUGCCCAGGACUAGGCUGCUGCACAGGACUGCGUCUCAAGCGCAGGAAGUACACCUUUGAAUGCAGUGAUGGCUCUUCCUUUGUGGAGGAGGUGGAAAAACCCAGCAAAUGCGGCUGCUCCCAGUGCAUGUAGCCUCCAGCAAGGGACAGGCCAGUGCCAGAGAUCAGUGGGCCAGGCCUGCCCUGAGAGAGGCCUUAGGAACAAGCCUGCCAUCUCCUUUUGCCCUGUUGCUGCUUGGGGUGGGGUAUGAUAUUUCAUUUGGCAAAUGGCAGUUCCUUUGGCAUGAUGACCAUGGCUCUUCUGGAUGGACCAGACAAAGAUGUAGAUAGAAGACUUUUGCUGGCAAAUCCAGCAGAACAGAUGUAUUUAUGUCCAGCACAGACUCUUAUCUGGAGCCACUACUUGGGCCCAGAAUGGAUUCUUAUCAGUCUAGCCUGUUUGUUUUGACCAGUGUGAUGUCCUGAGAAGGUCAUGCCUAGCCUAGCUUCAGGAUCCUGCCAUUUCAUAUCCUGUCAUUUUUUUCCUCAUGUUGGAGCGUGCCUGGCUACACCAUGCCUGCUUCCUUUUGGGGAGCAGCAGCUCUGGUUUUUCUCUUGCUGAGUAGCGACUCAUAUUCCUCUCCUUAUUGUCUGAUGAUUGCAACCUUAUGGUCUGUUUAUGGGGCUUAAACUGCAAGCAGUGCAGAAGCAGCAGUCAAGGGAAUGGGUAGGGGGGGGAAGAUGUGUUACCAGGCUAGGAAAAAGACAGCAUAAUUUAGGAAAAUUGGAAAGAAUUGUGUGAACACCUGCAUCCUACAGCCUAAUAUUCACAAGAGGUAUGAAAUUGGCUUAAUCCUGAGAUUCCGUUAUAGUCAUACAUUCAGACCUUCCUCGACUUACUACUGAAAAGAAACCAAGCAUACCCAGGCACAUAACUAUUUGUCCAAGGUUUUAAUCCUAUACUCACUUUCCUGUGAGUAAGCAACAUUUGAAUCCAUUGGGAGUUACCUUCCACGGAAGCAUGGAAAGGAUCUGGUUGCAUGAUGGCUGGAAAAUCCUUGGCUAAUUUUCUUCACACUAUAGUUUUGAUGGAAGGAAUGGGGAAAUAGGCCCAGAUCCUUGAGUUUUAAAAGUUUACAAUUUCCAUGAUAUGAAUGCAGCAAAGACAGGAUUAGGUUCUUCUGGUUCCUCCUCUAGCCGCUACCACAUUUCUAGACUACAAAAUCAGUCUAAAUGCCAAAACUCUGCUGAAGUAAGAAGUCUGAAUGUUCAAGUGUGGCUGAUUCUAAAAUCCAGCCAAUGCCAACUCUAGGAUAAUCAUUUUAAUACCUGUCAUUUUCAAUUUCACCUGCUUUUUAGAAGGAUAAAGAUGGGGGUGAACAGCAUGUGUAUCUUGCACUCCAUUUAGUGUGGCACUGUCUUCAAAAUGGCAACAUCAUGAACCAGGCCCACUAAUGAAAUAUAUCCAGUCCUCCUGCAAUGAGGACUAGGGUGCAGAUUCACUUGCCUUUUCUCCUAACAAAAUCUAGACCCUAAGCUUUCAAACCAGGUGCUAUAUACUCUUUGUCCCCAUGAGGUUAGGCUUUAGGCACAGCAUGAAAAAGUAUAAGGUACAUUUUCAACAGCCAAGCAUUUAAAAUAAAUUCAGCUGACAAUUUCUCUCUCUCUUGUUGUUUCCACAACCCUGUUCAGUAGAAAGUUCAUAUGAUGCACUCAUGGCGGAAGAACCUUGAGUUGCUCAAAGACGCUUUGCAUUUAACAUCUUCUGCCAGAGAAAGAUUUUGAUCUGCAUUUAUUACUACUAGCUAUGGGCUGAAAAUUACAAGUAAAAUCAGAUUUCUGCUCCACUACAAACUUGAUUCUGUACAAGAAGAAUUGCAACUGCUUGCCAAUGUGAAUUAUGUAAAUUAAAAUUCACAGAUUAUUCACAGAAUUUAUUUCACUAGCUGGAAGGAGCAAAUAAACUUGCAAGAUAUUCUAAAGUUGCAUGUGCUGAUCAAUAGAAAUGUCCCCUUACCCAGUUUCUUCCAGAGACAGAAAAUUGGAAGUUGUGCUUGAAGGUUUGAAUCACCUUUGGUUUAAGGAUUGGUUUAAGGAUUAACAAUUCCCAGAUGCUAAAUUCUCAUUCAUAUAGCCCUACAAGAAUCCAGUUGCUGAGAAUACACAAUGUCUAAUGUAAACCAGCCUUGAAUGUACUGGUGUCCUUGUUUCCUCAGUAACAUCACCAGCCACCUGUUGCUUGAAACUUAAUAGAUCAUGUCUCCUACAUGAGAUCUAGAAACAUGGUUCCUCAGCUUUGACAGCACUUGAUACAAGGAGCCUCAAGCUUAUGGCUUUCUAAAUUACUAGCUUUUAAUUUUAACACUGGAUACUAGUCAGGCAAAGUGAGAUACAACAAGAGAGGGUCACUUACAAGGGAAGUACUCCCAGAAUGCUUCCAGGUAUAAAAUGGGUGGACUAGUAUUUAAUUGCCUAAAUGUGAGGGAAUGGGGAAAUUAUGUAGACAUCCCAUUGUUCUGGUAGGCACUACAUUAGUCAUCCAUUCUUGCAGUGGUUAUGAGUUUGGUCAUACAACUGGGGUAACACAACAGCAAACCUACCAAGGUUGGUGGUUGGGGACACUUACAUACAUUCCCUUCUGAUAUAAAUUUAGGCAACAGGAUACUAACCAUGUAUAAGCACAUAUAUGUCAGCUACACACUACCUUCUGGGGAGAAAAGCCAUGGUUUGCUUCCUUCAGACAGCAUUGUAGCUAUUUGCUAGCCAUGUUAAUGCACUAAUUCUUUUAUUGCUGCAGGUGAAGAAGCAAUGGGUAACUGAAAUGAAACAAAGGCAGGAAGGGUUCAUUUGCUAGUAACAAAAGCUGUGCACCACUGAGGUUUACUGAUAAGUACAACAGGAAACACCGAUGAUGACAAAGCAAAACAAUGUGAUUUGCGGGGAUAUUAAAAUCUGCCACGACUUUCAAAUUUCAUUUUUAUCAUCUAGAUUUUUUCAAUUUUUAUUUAUUACAGAAAGUCUAGAAAUGUUAAAUGUAUUGUUCUUCCAAUUUAUAACAUUCAGUUUCUAAAUUCCCAAAUAAAUUAAUCAGGGCUUUUGACAUUGA